AUGUCAUGGGGGGGGGACGGACCAGCGGAGACGUGAGUGGGGGGGAACCUCGCCGGAAGCCCCGAAGCCUCCCGCCUCUCACACACAAGCCUCGGAGUCCUGUUAUAGCGGCGUCCCCCUUGGAGCAUGACCUGGCAUCGGGUCGGUUCAUCGGGUCGCCGCCGCCCACGGCCCUGCGCUCGCACGAGGCGUCGCGGGACGACAACGGCAACGCGGUGGCGGCGGGGCGGCGGGGCAGCGAGGCGUCCAGCGAGGCGGGCGAGGAGGAGCGCUGCGUCUACAAGCCGGCCAACCCCGCCCUGGAGGCGUCGCAGCCCCGCAUCACCCUGAACACGGCCCCGCGCUGCGCCUCCCCGCCGCCCUCGCACGCCAUCGUCGCCGUCGAGAACGCCACGUCCGUCGCAGCGUCCGGCGCCCCGCUCACGCUGCGCACCGUGGCCUCCGCCGCCAGCGAGGCCGCGUCCAUCCGCCAGGCCCUCACGCCGCCGCCCAAGCUGGUCACGUACAGGGCCGAAGACGGGGCCGAGGCCGUCCAGGAAUGGGUUCCCGACGAAGGAGGUCAGGGCCUGGCCACACCUCCUCGCAAGGGCUCGUGCCCCUCGAUUCGUGACCUGCCCUCGCCCGUCAUGGGUCGCCACUCCCUCAACCGCCCGCCCCCGCCCGCAACCACACGCAGAACAAGGUCAACGGUCAAGCUCACGCCCAUUAGCAAGUAA